ACCACAUGUACAUAGAAAGUUUGUAUAUGAAUCAUUAAAAUGCCAAUUGUCACAGAGCCUUGCAAUUCCACCCAACCCAAAACCCUAUCCUUGCCACCUAGGCCUCCUCCCCCCACUUGAUUGGUUCGCCUCUGUAUUGCUCUUACCACUUCCCCCCUACCACCCUUCUUACACUUUUUCUCUCUAGACUGCCACUCUUUCUUUCUCUCUUUGCAAUUCCAAAACGGGAAUGUGAGCUUGCAUAAUUGGAAGGACCUAUGAUUACUCUCAAAACUGUCUUCACCCUCCACACCAAUAUAACACUGUAAAUCCAUCCUCCCAUCCCCACCAUUGCGGAAAUUUCAGAGCAAAGCAACCAUCUUUGAGCAAAUUGGAUUGAACCCAAAAUAAAAAAAUUCCAGAAAUAUGAGCUGCUUGAAUCUCACAUGGGUUCAAAUCCAAACCUGCUCAAUGUUCAACCAAGCAGGCAGAUCCAGAUCCCAAACUUUCAGCCUCGUCCACCCACUCAAGACCAACAUGCCCGUUUCAUUUGCACCCCCAAAACGACGUCGGUCCACCUCCCCUUUCUCCGUCUCUGCAAUUCUCACCAAGCAACAGACCCUCAAAGAUGAAGAAUCAGCAAAACCCAGUUUUAAUUUCAAGUCCUACAUGCUCCAAACUGCCGACUUGGUCAACCAAGCCUUAGACGCCGCCGUUCCACUCCGAGACCCGGCCAUGAUCCACGAGGCCAUGCGCUACUCUCUGUUGGCCGGAGGCAAGCGGGUCCGGCCGGUCCUCUGCCUCGCCGCCUGCGAGCUCGUCGGCGGGUCCCAUUCGCAGGCCAUGCCCGCUGCGUGCGCCGUCGAGAUGAUCCACACCAUGUCGUUGAUCCACGACGACUUGCCGUGUAUGGACAACGACGACCUCCGCCGCGGAAAACCCACAAACCACAAGGUUUUCGGGGAGGACGUCGCCGUUUUGGCCGGCGACGCCCUCUUGGCUUUCGCUUUCGAGCACAUCGCCGUGAACACAGUCGGCGUCUCGCCUGAGAGAAUAAUCAGAGCAGUUGAGGAACUGGCGAAGUCAAUCGGGGCUGAAGGGCUCGUGGCGGGUCAAGUGGUGGAUUUAAACUCAGAGGGCUUGGCCGAUGUGGGGCUGGAGCAGCUCGAAUAUAUCCACCUCCACAAAACCGCAGCUUUGCUCGAGUGUUCGGUGGUUCUGGGCUCCAUUUUGGGAGGCGGGUCGGAUUCAGAAACCGAAAAGCUCCGGACUUUUGCGAGGUACAUUGGGUUGCUGUUUCAGGUCGUCGACGACAUUCUUGAUGUGACCAAGUCUUCACAGGAAUUGGGCAAAACGGCAGGGAAGGACUUGUUGGCUGAUAAGGUCACGUACCCCAAGCUAUUGGGGAUUGAGAAAUCUAGGGAGUUUGCUGAGAAGCUCAUUAAAGACGCCAAGGAACAGCUCUCUGGUUUCGAUCUUGAAAAGGCUGCGCCUUUAAUUGCUCUGGCUAAUUACAUUGCUCACAGGGGAAACUAAAGAACCCUUUUGUUGUAAUUUUAGAGUCCUUUGUUUUUCAGAAUUAAAAUCUCUGAAAUUUGGUCAAUUUAUAAAAAAAAGAGAGUAGAGCUUAGCAUUUAAUUCAUGUUGUGUUGGAGAAAAAGGAUGAGUGUAGCAGGUGAGAUUUGUGUCACAGUUAGCAUAUCAUGCUUCCACCGGGUUGGGUCAAAUUAUACUUUUUUUUAUAUACUUCUUUUGCAUGAAUCUGUGUACUUUUUUUAUCUGUGUUCAAUCUGAAAUUGAUAUUUGGGCAUCUUCUUGGUACAAGGUAGUUGCAAUGAGAAGCCGAUGGACGGCAUCGUCUUGGUUCAACAAAUUAAAUUGCAAUGAUUGCUGCAGACGCUGGUGUAGUGUUUCCGUCUUUCAGUACAAGGUUGCUUGCUACUCUGCUGUUUCUGAAUUUUGCAAUUUCAAUUGUACCCGCUUUUGGUAGAGUGUUGCAGAUUUCAACGUUGGGGCUCCAUUGUUAUGAUUCUUGGGCCAGUCCAUGCUGAUGGUGUAUCCAUAAACCAUAAAAUUUCCAUUAUUUUCUAUGGGUCUUUUUAUUUGUCCAACCAGGAGUUGCCCAAGGUGCUUAAGCAGGUUCAUCACCUUGAUUGAGUACACUGAAUGUACACUGAAUGUUUGAGGACAAUGGAUUCUAAAUAAGAAUGGAAUACAUGGAAAGAAUUAGAGGAUUA